GGCUGUAAUGUUCUGGGUCCAGAACCUUCACCCAUCAGCCCUAUGUGCUCUGCUUGCUCCCUGACAUGACUCUCUACCAGAGGGCUAGAGAGCAUGGGCUCUGCUACCAUCAAAGUCUUCUCUGCACACCCCUCACUCCUCAGACCUCCCUUCAACCCCUACAGAAACCCUAACAGGAUCCAAGCUCACCUACUGCUGCCCAGUGCCAAGCCAUGACUAUCACCUACACAAACAAAGUAGCCAAUGCCCGCCUCGGUUCGUUCUCGUCCCUCCUCCUUUGCUGGCGAGGCAGCAUCUACAAGCUGCUGUAUGGAGAAUUCCUUGUCUUCAUAUUCCUUUACUAUUCCAUCCGUGGACUCUACAGAAUGGUUCUCUCGAAUGAUCAGCAGCUGUUGUUUGAGAAGCUGGCUCUGUACUGCGACAGCUAUAUUCAGCUCAUCCCUAUAUCCUUCGUUCUGGGUUUCUAUGUUACAUUGGUGGUGAGCCGUUGGUGGAGCCAGUACGAGAACUUGCCGUGGCCCGACCGCCUCAUGAUCCAGGUGUCUAGCUUCGUGGAGGGCAAGGAUGAGGAAGGCCGUUUGCUGCGGCGCACGCUCAUCCGCUACGCCAUCCUGGGCCAAGUGCUCAUCCUGCGCAGCAUCAGCACCUCGGUCUACAAGCGCUUUCCCACUCUUCACCACCUGGUUCUAGCAGGCUUUAUGACCCAUGGGGAACAUAAGCAGUUGCAGAAGUUGGGCCUACCACACAACACAUUCUGGGUGCCCUGGGUGUGGUUUGCCAACCUGUCAAUGAAGGCCUAUCUUGGAGGUCGAAUCCGGGACACCGUCCUGCUCCAGAGCCUGAUGAAUGAGGUGUGCACCUUGCGUACUCAGUGUGGACAGCUGUAUGCCUACGACUGGAUAAGUAUCCCAUUGGUGUACACACAGGUGGUGACAGUGGCAGUAUACAGCUUUUUCCUUGCAUGCUUGAUCGGGAGGCAGUUUCUGAACCCAAACAAGGACUACCCAGGCCAUGAGAUGGAUCUGGUUGUGCCUGUCUUCACAAUCCUGCAAUUCUUAUUCUACAUGGGCUGGCUGAAGGUGGCAGAACAGCUCAUCAACCCCUUCGGGGAGGAUGAUGAUGAUUUUGAGACGAACUGGAUCAUUGACAGAAACCUGCAGGUGUCCCUGUUGUCCGUGGAUGGGAUGCACCAGAACUUGCCUCCCAUGGAACGUGACAUGUACUGGAACGAGGCAGCGCCUCAGCCGCCCUACACAGCUGCUUCUGCCAGGUCUCGCCGGCAUUCCUUCAUGGGCUCCACCUUCAACAUCAGCCUGAAGAAAGAAGACUUAGAGCUUUGGUCAAAAGAGGAAGAUGACACGGAUAAGAAAGAGCAUGGUUAUAGCAGCACCAUAGGAUGCUUUUUAGGACUGCAAUCCAAAAACUACCAUCUUCCCUUGAAAGACUUAAAGACCAAACUAUUCUGUUCUAAGAACCCCUUCCUCGAAGGCCAGUGUAAGGAUGCCAACCAGAAAAACCAGAAAGAUGUCUGGAAAUUUAAGGGUCUGGACUUCUUCAAAAGUGUUCCAAGGUUUAAGAGGACAGGCUUCCAUUGUGGCCCACAGGCACCCAGCAGCUACCCUCCUGAGCAGUCAGCACCCUCCAGUUCAGACACAGGUGAUGGGCCUUCCACAGAUUACCAAGAAAUCUGUCACAUGAAAAAGAAAACUGUCGAGUUUAACUUGAACAUUCCAGAGAGCCCCACAGAACAUCUUCAACAACGCCGUUUGGACCAGCUGUCAACCAAUAUGCAGGCUCUAAUGAAGGAGCAUGCAGAGCCCUAUCCCUACAGGGAUGAAGCUGACACCAAACCUGUUCUCUAUGAGUGAUGCCUCACAGCCUGGCCCUGACUUGCAAGGAUGCCGAGCAGGGCACUGACCCAGUCAAAGGCACACAGCAGCGACACCCAAGAGUAUGUUCCCACGACAGUCUAGCAAGUAACUCAGAACCAAGAGUGCUUAAUAGUCCUGUCUGAAAACACCUGUAUUUUACUCUUUCCCAAACUAAGGAGUUUAAUAAACGUGAAUAUUCUUUUAGGUG